AUGGUCAUUACUGGAUCUAAUCAGGCAUCCUUCCAAGAACUUAAACAUCAAUUGCAAACUGCAUUUCAUAUGAAAGAUCUUGGUAACUUGCAGUAUUUCCUUGGCCUUGAGGUUCAUUCUACCCCCAAGGGUAUAUUUCUUCAUCAACAUAAAUAUGUGACAGACCUUAUUUCUAUGGCGGGUCUCCAAUCAUCUAAUCUGGUAGAUACUCCUCUUGAGGUUAAUGUGAAAUAUCACCAAGAUGAGGGUGAUCUAUUUCCAAAUUCUUUAUUGUAUCGACAACUUGUGGGUAGUUUUAAUUAUUUGACAAUUACUCGCCCUAACAUAUCAUUUGUUGUUCAACAAGUAAGUCAGUUCAUGGACUCUCCUCGCCAUCUUCACUUAGCAGCAGUUUGUCGCAUAGUUCGUUAUUUGCUAGAUACCUCUCAACGAGGUCUCUUCUUUCCCAUUGGCACAGUUCCCAAAAUUGAUUUCCUAUAG